GUUCGGAGCGCGGCAGAAAGAGGAGCAGCUGACUUCAGGACCCAGAGAAGGAGCUUCAUCUCGCCAGAGGGGGAAAUUACAUUUCUAUCAAAAUGUUGGCCAAACCAAAGCUAUCCUACUGCGUUGGGAUCUUCUUGGUGGUGUUGAGGCUGGCCCACGCCCAGUACGAGUACCUUGGCUACCCGCCGGGCUACCCAGACCCUGAACAGGAACAGUACACCCCCCCGGUCCUCGCUUCAGAUACCCCCAGGAUUCAACUUCGACUAGCAGGACAAAAGAGGAAGCACAAUGAGGGUCGAGUUGAGGUUUUCUACAACGGUACUUGGGGUACUGUCUGUGACGAUGACUUCUCCAUCCAUGGUGCCCAGGUGGUGUGCAAGGAACUGGGCUACCAGGAAGCAGUGUCAUGGGUCCCAUCUUCUAAAUAUGGGAAAGGAGAUGGACCCAUCUGGUUUGACAAUCUGCAGUGCACUGGAAAAGAGAGGACGCUGGCUCUGUGUCCAUCCAACGGGAUUGGUGUUUCAGAUUGCAAACACACCGAAGAUGUAGGCGUGGUGUGCAGCGACCGCAGGAUCCCUGGAUUUAAAUUUGUCAACACAUUGCCCAAUCAUGUGGAGAACCUUGACAUUCACGUGGAGGACGUGCGAAUCCGAGCCAUCCUGUCCUCCUACCGUAAGCGGAUCCCUGUGACUGAGGGCUACGUAGAGGUGAAAGAUGGCGGCAAAUGGAAGCAGAUCUGUAACGCAGAGUGGAACGAGUUCAACAGCAGAGUCAUCUGUGGCAUGUUUGGCUUCCCAGGGGAGAGGAAGUUUAAUGCCAGAGUCUACAAGAUGUUCGCUCGCAGAAGGAAGCCAACGUACUGGGACUUCUCUGUCAACUGCACUGGCACCGAGGCCCACCUGUCCAGCUGCAAGCUGGGUCAGAUACUAGCCAUGAAGUCCAAUGAGACGUGCACUGGAGGGAUGCCUGUGGUGGUGAGCUGCGUGCCUGGCAGAGCCUUCGCCCCGGCGCCCAUGACAGGCUAUAGGAAGGCCUUCAGACAAGAGCAGCCGUUGGUUCGCCUCCGUGGUGGAGCCAUCGUAGGGGAGGGCAGGGUGGAGAUCAUGAAGAAUGGAGAGUGGGGCACCAUAUGUGAUGACCAGUGGAACCUGCUGUCGGCCACUGUGGUGUGUCGGGAGCUGGGCUUCGGCUCAGCAAAGGAAGCGCUGUCUGGAGGACAACUUGGACAAGGGAUGGGGCCGGUGCACAUGAAUGAAGUGAAGUGUUCCGGAUUUGAGAAGUCCGUAACCGAGUGUCUCUUCAACAAGGAGGCCCUGGGCUGCAGCCACGAAGAAGACGCAGGCGUCCGAUGUAACAUCCCAGCUAUGGGCUUCGAGCAGAGGCUGCGUCUGAGAGGAGGCCGGAACCCCUUCGAAGGCCGUGUGGAGGUGCUGAUGGAGAGGAACGGCUCUUUGGUGUGGGGCACAGUGUGCAGUGAGGGCUGGGGAACCAUGGAGGCCAUGGUGGUGUGCAGACAGCUGGGCCUGGGCUUCGCCAGCAGUGCCUUCCAGGAGACGUGGUAUUGGCCGGGUGAGGUCAGUGCUGACGGUGUGGUGAUGAGCGGCGUUCGCUGCUCCGGAACUGAGAUGUCUCUGUCCCACUGUCAGCACCACGGACCCCACCUCAGCUGCCCCAGAGGAGGGGGGCGCAACUCCGCCGGAGUCUCCUGCUCUGAAACGGCUCCCGACCUGGUACUGAACCCUCAGGUGGUGGAGCAGACCACCUACAUGGAGGACCGGCCCAUGUUCAUGCUGCAGUGUGCAUACGAGGAGAACUGCCUGGCCUCCAACUCUGACCAGACGCCGGCCAACGCGUACCGCCGCCUGCUGCGCUUCUCCUCUCAGAUCCACAACAACGGCCAGUCCGACUUCAAGCCCAAAGCCGCCAAACACCUGUGGGUGUGGCACGACUGUCACAGGCAUUAUCACAGCAUGGAGGUGUUCACCACAUAUGACCUGUUCAGCCUCAAUGGAACCAAAGUGGCAGAGGGACACAAAGCAAGUUUCUGCCUGGAGGACUCAGAGUGUGAUGAAGGUAUUGAAAAGAAGUAUGAAUGUGCUAACUUUGGAGAGCAGGGCAUCACUGUAGGCUGCUGGGAUACCUACAGGCACGACAUUGACUGCCAGUGGGUCGACAUCACCGACGUCAAACCUGGGGAUUACAUUUUUCAGAUUGUAAUCAACCCAAAUUACGAAGUGCCAGAAUCAGACUACACCAAUAACAUCACCAAAUGCAGAUGUCGAUAUGACGGUCAUCGUGUGUGGAUGUACAGCUGCCAUAAUGACGGCUCAUUGAGCUCUGAGACGGAGAUGAUGUUCCCAGGCCUCCUAAACAAUCAGGUGACCCACAGGUAAGACUGACAGAGUGGAGUCGAGAUGUGGUCCCCUCCGAUGAGAAGAGUCCCACCAACCACUACCC